AUGCCCUGCCUGAAGAACUAAGCUGCUUUUUAUUUAAAACUGAGAAGAUCAAUGGAGAGUUUAGGAAAAGACCAUGCUUACUUGAACCCUUCCCUCUUGCCCUCCACAGCCCAUGAGGAAUACACUGUGCAAGAUGUCAUCAUCACACGCCGCUUGAGAGACCGAGAGCUGCUCCAGAAAAGAAAAGCAGAAGCCCAGGAGAAAGACUCAGUUCAGUGGGUCCUGGGGGAGCAAGAGAAGAGCAAACGGCAAAAGAGAGGCAGAGGAGCUGGGAGAGGACGAGGCCAUCGGCCAGUUAUUCAGGCUGAACCUAAGCCCGAACCCAAGCCAGAACCUCAUCCUGAAGUGUUGGAGGAAGGAGAAGCAGAGAAAGAACUGGCUGAGCUGGCACCACCUGUACUAGAACACCAAGGAAAGCCACCCAUGAUGAUGAUCCAAGAGCUCCUCAGUGGGACACAGCAGGGAGCAGUGAGGGAGGAAUCAACUGAGGGGAGCCUGUAUGGAGCAGAUGAAGAGGAUUCACUGAGACCAGCAGAAGCAGAAAUACCAGAGGCUUUGAACAUUUGUCUGGAAAACAAUCAGGAUAAUGAAUACUACACACCAGUUUUAUUUUAAUUUUUUUGUUUUGUCUUCUGCCUGUCAAACUCUAAGUGCUGUAGAGUGAUUUAGAUCAGCUAUUUUUG